CUGCACUUGCGCGACAGCCCUUGUUCCGAGCGAAAGCUUGUGGUGAUUCGAUCUUCACAGACAUCCAAAUAAACGACAACUAGAUCGUUUCGGAUAAACGUCAAGAUGCCGUCCAGACUCAGCAAGAACAGGAAGAAGCGUGGUCACGUGUCCGCCGGUCACGGUCGUGUUGGAAAACACAGGAAGCAUCCCGGUGGUCGUGGUCUUGCUGGUGGUCAACAUCACCACCGCAUCAACAUGGACAUGUACCACCCUGGUUACUUCGGAAAGGUCGGUAUGCGCCAAUUCCACUUGACCCGCCAACAACACUGGGCGCCCGUCUGCAACCUCGACAAGGUGUGGUCCUUCGUCUCCCAGGAGGCCCGCGAGAAGGCCGCUGCCAACCCCACUGGACCCGUCCCCGUCAUCGACGUCCUUCGUCACGGUUACGCUAAGGUUCUCGGUAAGGGACGUCUCCCCAACGUUCCCUUCAUCCUGAAGGCUCGUUACGUCUCCAGGAAGGCUGAGGAGAAGAUCGUUGCCGCUGGUGGCAAGGUUGAGCUGAUUGCUUAAACAUUUGUACUUUUGCCAAUACACGAGCGUUGCAUAAUUUACGAUCAUUGUUGUUGCGUUUGAAUAUCAGUCUGCGCAAUACUCCGAGAAGCUAUGGCUAUUUUCAAGCACUCUAUGUCCAAUUAUUCCCAAUGCUAUCACAACUUUCCAUUUCUACAUUACAUCUACGCCGAUGAGGUCCGUCAAGUUUCAUGCAACAUGCUAUGCUGUCGGCAAAAUCU